AUGAAUUAUAUUGAUAGUUCUGAUGGGGAGGACAAUAAUCCCUUUAGAGGUACUGAUCAUCUCUUUGCAUCUGGGAUCGGUACUAAUCCUGCUAGUCAGAGUGGUUCAUCAGUAGAGAUUAAUGAUACUUUGGAGGAUAAUGGGGACAAACUCAUCGAUGCUAAAGAUGUAGAUACUCACAGGAGUAGUAGAUCAGGGAAAUUAUUGAAAAGGAAGAAUAAUAUAUUAGGCAGUUUGGAUGAGGAUCCUAAAUACUAUGCUGAUGUCUUGGAUUUGCCUGGCAGGCGAAGCGAUGGAGAUACAACACAGUCAAAUAGUGUAUCGAAUUCAGAAAGUCCAUCAAAUUUUGAAGAAGAGGAUAUUGACGUUUUGAAUCCUCAACAAUUAGAGAAUGUCUCAGAUAAAAAUGAAAAUGACGAGGAUUCAAAUUUGAAUCAUGAUAAUGUGGAUAAAAAAUCAGAUGGCUCAAGUUUUGAACCGUAUGUGUCAUUGUCGAUGUCAGUUAUAGAUUUGACAUCAAAUAAUAGACAUAAUUAUGUUAUCGAAAUAGUGAAAGCAGGUGAUUACAAAGAUCCUUGGGGCAAACAUGCUAUUGGAUAUGUAAUUCAGUAUGAAGGGGAAGAAAUUAUAAGAAGAUAUUCUGAGUUUGAUUCACUGAGAAAAGGCUUAAUAAAACUCUUACCUACAAUCGUGAUACCACCAAUACCUUCAAAGCAUUCACUAGUAAAAUACUUCUUAAAUCCAAUAAAUGCAGAAAAUGAUAAAAGAAUAAUAAAUAAAAGAAAAAGAAUGUUACAAUAUUUUUUAAAUCAUUGUUAUGAUGUUGAAGAGAUUAAGGAACACAUAAUAUUCAAAAAGUUCCUGGAUAAAGAAUAUAACUGGAAAGAUGUAUUGUUCUCACCUCCUUUAUCCUUAAUUCCUGCUAAUAACCUUUUGGCACCACCACUAAAUCCUACAAAACCAAGUCCGAUGCAUUUGUUGUUACCUUCUCCAACAUCAAUCUCAAAAGUUGAUUUACUAAAGCAUUCAGAUGAACCUUCAGAAAAUGAUUCUAAUAAUACAAUUAUAAUAGAAAAAGAACUCUCAAGAUUAGAGGAAUUUUUCAAUAAAUAUAAAUACCAUCUACAGAAUCUGCAUAAAUCGUUACAUCAAAAUAAAGCGCAUAACAAGUCGUUUUCAAAAUCUCUUUCUGAUAUGGGGGCAUAUUAUAACAGUUUAUCAAUCGAAAACUCUGUCAUUUCAAAACAAAACACUCUGAAUGGUGUCAAAUUAUUGUCUUCAAGUAUUGAGAGUAUCGGUCAUUCCUUUGAUGUUAAUUAUUUAAACACAGAAAUAUUAUCAGAAAAUCUCUUAAUAUCUUUUGAGGAACCUAUAGAAGAAAUGAUUCAAUUACUAGAUGAUGCACAACGUGUGUUUAACUUUAGAGAUUUAAAAAAGACACAAUACCAAAUAAUAAAAAAUACAAUUACCAAAAGAAAUUCAAGGAUUAAGAGUCUACAGGAAACUGAAGAACAGUUAAAACGUUUCCAAGAUGCCUCAAAGAGAAUAGCAUUGAAUUCACCGACUGCAGCUUAUGCAAUUACUCAGAAUAAUUCUUCAUCUUUUUCAUCAGAUAUCUCAUGGGAUCAUGUAUCAGAAAUCCAAGAGCAACAUAGCGAUAAUAAUGAAUCAAAUGACUCCCCUGUUUCUGUAAACAAAUCGAAACGUUACAAUUCUAAAAAGACAAAUAAAAAAGUUGAAGUGAGUUCAAAAAUUGAACCAUAUUUACUAACGGCAGAGCAAAGGCAUGAUGAAAUUCAGAAGUUAAAGAAAGAAGUUGAGAAAUUAACUUCCUGUUAUAAAUUAAUUGAAAAAGAUAUGGAAGAGAUAAAUGUUUCAUCAUCAAAUAGUCUUAAGAAUUUAUCAAUUUUCCUUGACAAACAAUGGUACGCAAUAUUACAAAGUGUAUCGAAAGCUAUUUGUCAAUGGUUACAAGAAUCUAUUACUUCUUGGAAGUCGACAAAGGAAAUCAUUCAAAGAUUUGAUAGUUAA